CAACUUUUAAUCUCGGGCUCUAAUCCAUCCGAGCUUAAGAUCUCUCUCUCCAUUAGCGCCGCCGCCGCCGCCGCCGCCAAAAAUCGCCGGCGAAAUGGACGCCUUCCUCGCCGGAAUCCCGCAGCUCCGCAGGCCGGCGGCGCUGAUCGCGUCGUGCUGCGCGCUGGUCCUCCUCGCCACCGUCCUCCUCCUCCCGCGCGCUCCUCCCGCCGCCCCGGAGCAGCUUGCCUCCGCCGCCGCCGCCGCCGCCGUCCGCCUCGACGCGAGGGUCGAGCGGAGGAGCGGCAACGAGGUGCUGUGGCAGCUGCCGCCGCCGACGACGCCUCCCCGCGCCGCGGUGUUCGUGGCCCCGGGGUGCACCAUCCGCGCCACCGACUUCUUCGACGCCUCGCCGGGGUGCCCGCGCUGCGCGGGGCUCCCCGAGGAGCGCCGCUUCACGCGCGAGGCGCUCCGCCGCGGGUACGCCGUGCUCGCGGUGUCCAGCCGCGCGGAGUGCUGGUCCCUCGACACCGGGGACGGGGGCGAGCUCGCCGCCGUGGAGUCCAUCAUCGAGUGGUGGGUCAAGGAGAGGCACCCCAACCAGCUCGCCGGCCUCCCGCUCGUCGGGAUCGGCGCCUCUUCAGGCGGGUACUUCCUCUCCGCGCUGGCGGCGAGGGUCAGGUUCAGCAGCGUCGCAAUCAUGAUCGCCGAGGGCGUGUUCGCCACGAUGGAGGAGAUCCCGGCGAGGUACCCGCCGGCGCUGUUCGUGCAAAUGCCCAAGGACGGCGAGAGGGCGCGGGAGGUGGCGGCGAGCAUGGGCAAGCUCAGAGGGAGCCGCGUCAGCGUGCGGGAGAUCCAAUGCGGCGAGUUCGCCGUGAGCGCCCAGUUCUUGGCGGCGAGGAUACCCGGGUUGACCCUCGCCGUCGCCGAUGGGCUGGUCGAUGUGCUUCGCCGGAAGGGGUUCGUGGAUGAGAAGGGGUUUCUGAAGAAUGACGGGAGGAGCACGCCGUGGAAGAAGGCGGCGGAGGAGGCGAAGAUCUUGCCGGAGGAAUUCCGGCUGGAGAGGCAUGUCACGGAGGAGCUGAAUCUUGCAUAUGCGUACCAUGAGUUUACCAGCCUCAAGAAUGGGGAAAUCUUCGACUGGUUUGAGUCGCAUAUGGAUCAUAAGAGCUGAAAGUGUUCUAGUGGCAAUGCUACUGAAACUGAUUUGAAGCGAGCAAUUCGAUGGUGGAUCCAGCUGAUGCUUCUGAUUUUGAGGAAUGGAAUGCACAAUCAUUGAUUCAAGAGAGAUGGGAAGAUGGAGGAAAACCUCGUAAGGCUUCUUCUCGCAGUUUACCGUUCACAAUGCCCACUUGUAGUUUCUAAUACAAUUACGUUCCAUUCUUCCAUUGUUGUUGUUGAUGUAACAGGCGUUUUAUUACCAUUGUAUCUUGUAACAGAGGAAUUACUUCAAUCCACAGAAAAAUGAUAAAGAUGCCGAACAAUUGGUCCA